UCCCCCCUCCCUCUCUCUCUCUCUCUCUGUCUUUCUCCCUUUUCCUCUUCCUCCAAUUUCUUGUCCCGUAUACUAUUCAAUCGCACUCUAUUAUACGCGCUGUACAGACAAAAUUGAAGACGUCCACGCAUGGUGCAGCUUCAAUCGCAACAGAGUUUCCAAUUCAAGUACGAGGUGGACGAUCAACAUGAACAGCAGAUGACUGUUAGCCGAGCUGAUGCUCGUUCAACUUUAAUAUGAGCGAAGUAGCGGCUGUAACACCUAGUGGUGAAUCGACACGCCAGGAAAGCGUGACACACAUCAAAAGGCAUAAAUUAGUCAACUGUAAUGUUCCUCUUGUGCACGGACGGUCAAAUCCACCGAUCAACACCCGUAAUAGGCUGACCACGCAUCAAAGAAAUCACAGUUUGGACUUUAGGUCAAUGGGUAUUUUAUUGCCACCGGUGCCACAAGCGAGCGCGACGACGCUGACGCAUCAUCACAGAAAUCGAAGUCUCGAUUCCGCGCUACAACGUAUUCCUGAAGUGGACGUAACACCGAGUCCAGAAUGCGAGACGACACCAGCUCCGGUAGCUAAAGCGGUCGCGGUACCGGCAUGCAAAGCGCGCAGCCGGGAACGCGAGGAUCUCGCCAGCCUUGGGUCUGACGACUCGGGUAUACUUUGCGGUUCCGAUAGCGGUUCCAGCGACGCAACGAACGCCGCCACCAGAGAGUCGAGCGUCGACCACCUGCAUAGCCGCGAGAGUCUCGACUCCACGUUAUCUCAGCCAGGUGACAUGGAUAGCAUGGAUGUGGUGGACGGCGAAGAAACUAGUGCUGUCUCAGUGUCGGUGUCGGUGUCGGUGCCAGUGUCACCUGUGGAACUGGUGCACUUGAGUGAACCUUCGUCGAUAAAGGGUGGUGAUUGUAGUAGUAGUAGUAGUUAUAAUAGUAGUAGUGAGCCGUAUAAACACGAGAAUGCGACCAGUGGUGAUCACGGUUCGCAGGAACCGCGCUCCAAUAAUGUCUGUACGGUCAAAGAACUCGAAGACCACGAGUACGUGCAUGACGAACAACGAUGCACUGAUAUGGGUGUGACAGUCGACAUGCGGAACUUCCAAAAUUCCAUGGACGUCUUGCCAGUGAACGAUAAACAGAGUGAAUUGGCCGGCGCGGCUAUGACUUUGUGUUGCGGGACCGCCGUGCAAUCAGAGACUAGCGAGGCAGCUGUGAAAAAGCAAAUUGGUGUCGUUUGCCGGAGGGAAGAGACGGUACAACCGAAACCAUCGGAGGGAUGUUUGCUCAGAUUGUUCGAAAGCCAGAUUUUCGAUAUGUCUAUGGCGAUUUCUUAUCUUUUCAAUUCGAAAGAGCCUGGCGUACAGAGUUACCUUGGGAACAAGAUGUUUAGUUUCCCAGAUAACGACGUGGACUUCUAUUUGCCACAGUUAGUCGUGAUGUAUAUACAACUUCAUGAUGUUACAGAAGUCCUUUAUCCAUAUCUUGUCCAUAGAUGUAGACAGUCUGCUGAUUUUUCGUUAAAAUGUGCCUGGCUAUUAGAUGCAUACAGUUCCGAUGCUCAUUUGCCAUCCAAAAAGAAGUCUCAUGGGACCAAAUUAAAAAAUCUUAUCCUCUCGGAUGAACUCAGGCCAAAAGGAAAUGAGAAUAAAAAACGUAUAGUUGGAUUACAAACUUCCACACCGCCUUUAUUAACUUCGAUGCAAAACAUUACAUCUCCUAAUAAAAAGACACACCAAAGAUCUCAAUCUGAUGCCACAGGAUUAUUUCAAACUCUACGUCGUAGUCAUUCCGGUACAAUAAAUAAAGUAAGUCUUGGGGACCUGAGCUCUGGUCGAGCAUUUGACAAUGGUUGUACCUGUUUUUAUUCCUGCCAAGGUGUGGUAAAUGAUUUACGUGGACAAAAGACCGACUGUUUUUGCAAUGCACCACGUCUUGCUCCAGAACUUGAAUUUAUACAAGCAUUAAUAUCAAUUGGUAAAUUACUUGGAACUAUUCCAACAAAGGAAAGUAAAACUGUUCAAUUAAUAGCAGAGCUUAAUACUCUCAAUUUGAAUCUCCCUGCAAGGGUGUGGCUUCCUUUGCACAGUUCAAUACCACAUCAUAUCGUACGAGUGCCGCCACAAUACGCUGCUGUCCUUAAUAGCAAAGAUAAGGCACCAUACAUAAUUUAUGUUGAAGUGUUAGAAGUAGAAGAUAUUUAUACGUCACCUGUACCGACGAAAAUAGUAGGAUGUUCGUUGAGGCACACAAAGUCUGAAGAAAAUUUAACUGGAGGCGAGCAGUCUAAUGUAAUGAGUUCGUCAAACAUAUCUACUUCAGAAACGCAGCAGAACAUACCACUGAUUAGACAAACACCGGUUAAAAAUAUUUCACCGUAUUCAGUUAGAAGUACGGAAGUUGCAUUUAGUUUUCCUGAUGACGAUCCUAAUGAUUGUUGGAGUCAAGAGGACGAUGAAAUCACACAACAGUAUUUACAACUUCGUAAACCAAAAGAUAGGGAUACGAUAUCCCAAUUAAGUCAAGAAUCAUCGGAUAGUAAAGAACCGAUAUUUGUACCUGGCGAUAUAAAGAGGCGGUUAAGCGAAAUGGCUGCAACACCUAGUGCGACGUUUAAUCAUGAUCCGGAAGAUCCAUCGGCUGCCGUUUUGAAGGAACCAUGGGAAUUAAAACAACGUCGCAUAAGAACAUCCAGUCCAUAUGGUCAUUUAGCAUCUUGGAAACUCCUUGCUGUCAUUGUAAAAUGUGGUGAUGAUCUUCGACAAGAACUUCUUGCUUCACAGUUACUCUCGAUGCUACAAAAAAUUUGGCAAGAUGAACACGUACCUCUCUGGUUGCGACCAUACAAAAUUUUAUGUUUAUCCAAUGAUAGUGGCUUAAUCGAGCCAAUUUUAAAUACUGUAUCACUUCACCAAGUGAAGAAGCAGUGCCAAUUAACGCUUUAUCAAUAUUUUGAACGAGAAUUUGGUCCGUCAACGUCAGAAGCAUUUAUCAUUGCGCAAAGAAAUUUUAUUCAAAGUUGCGCGGCAUAUUGCCUUGUCUGUUAUCUCAUUCAAGUGAAAGAUCGUCAUAAUGGAAAUAUUUUACUUCAUAGUGACGGUCACUUGAUACAUAUAGACUUUGGGUUUAUUCUUUCAACUUCGCCAAGAAACUUAGGAUUCGAAACCAGUCCAUUCAAAUUAACUCCAGAAUUUGUGGAAGUAAUGGGCGGAAGUCAAUCUAAACAAUUUCAAGAAUUUAAAACUUUAAUUCUCCAAGGAUUAAUCGCAGCUCGAAAACAUAUGGAAAAAAUUGUAAAUCUUGUAGAGAUAAUGUUAUCAGGGUCGCAACUUCCAUGUUUUCGUAGUGGUGGUGCAGCAACGGUUCAAGGACUGAAAAAUAGAUUCCAUCUUACAUUAACUGAGGAUCAAUUACGACGACAUGUGGAGGAUUUAGUUGAAGCCAGUAUCCAUUCGUGGUCUACUAAAUUAUAUGAUCGGUAUCAAUAUUUCGCAAAUGGCACCCUUUAA